AUGGCCGUCCCCACCCCCGCUAGCGACAGCGAAGCCAGGGCCAGCGCUGCUCCUCAGAGUCCGCUGCCAAAAAAGUUGCCCGCGCCCUCAACGCCUGCAUCAUCAGUCCGCCGCAAGAUGGCUUCCAAUGCUGGCGCCUCGGCCGGCAAAGACACGGUACCCCCUCGCCGCCCUACCACCACCACCGGCACCACGGCUGCGGUUGGUGCUCGUCGGCCGACUGUGUCGUCAACAACGAGCACCGCGCGAGCUUCCACAACCGCAUCGAGACCCUCGACCACCUCAACGUCACGCGUCAGCGCCGUCGGAUCGAGCCUGAACAAGCCGCCGACGCGUCCAGUGGCAGGUGCAGCAGACUGCAGGAACAGCCACCGCCGCAACACGAUCCUCGCCUGGAAAAGCCACAUCGCGACAGUCCAUUGCCCCAUCCACCACGACUGCUGCAAAACGACCCCUGACUACACGGCCAGCUGCGGAAGCAUCGACAACUCGCGCAACACCACGAGCGUCGCUUGCCUCUUCCACGAGGACGACAGGGACACGCCCAUCGACAACCACUACAAGAGCCGCCAUUGGAGCAGCAGCAAAAACACCAAUUGGACACGCAAAGAAGGCGUCUUUCACGUCCCCUCCCGCAAUGGCCCCCUCAAGGACAAGGCCGCGUCCGAUGCCGAAGCCGAGAACAGACGAAGCGCCCUCGCACCCGCAAAAGCCGCCCUCGCAAAGCUGGGAGAGGAGAUGCAGCGCCCGGACACGGCACCCAGCGGGCCCGCAGAGAUGGAUGUGGAGACGAAGCGACGGAGCGCACAGAUCAUGCAGGACUUCUUCAAGGAGACAAAUCUCCGAGAGCAGCUGCAGGAGCAAUGCGACGACCUCAGCCGCGAAGUCGACAACCUGCAAACCGAGAAGGCGAAGCUCAAGAAGCAGCUGGCAGAUGCGCAGGCCUCCAUAGCCGAAAAGGACAAGGCCAUUGCGGGCGUCUCCGAGUCCGCGGGAGGCGACGCAGCACAGACCACGCUCGUCGAUGAGAUGAACACAAAGUUUGCGCGCGAAACGAAGCAGUUGGAAGAGCAGAGCCAGAAGCUGGAGGAGGAGAAGCAGGCCGAGGCGACCAAGGCUGCCGAACUCCAGCAGGUGCUGGAUGAUCUCAACGAUGAGCUGGAACGCCAGGGCCAGCAGUGGGAUGCCGAGAAGAAGAAGCUCGUCGAGCAGGCAGCCGAGAUUGCAGCGCUCACCAAGGAGAUGGCGUCCCUUAGAAAGGAGCGCGAUACCCUUACUCAGGAGCUCGACACCGCUAGGAAAUCUCUCGAGGAUGUCCAAGCGAGGCUAUCCGCCCUCGAAGAGACUUCGACGUCCGAGCUGAAGUCCCGCGACGACAAGAUCGAUGAGCUCACGACCACUCUGGAAGAGCUCCGGGGAGAUCACAGCAAGGCUCUGCAAGAUGCCGAGCAAUCACUGGCGGCCAAAUCAUCCGAGUCGUCGGCGUUGGUCGAGGAGCUACAGUCUCGAGUCCUGUCAAUACAGCAAGAUCAUACCGACGAGCUGAGGGCCAAGGACGAAAUCAUCGCCUCCCACCUUCAGGUCCGUGAACAACUUCAGGAGGAUCUGUCUAAUGUGCAGAAGCGCGCCGAAGAAGCAAGCGAGGAACUAGAAGCUGCGCGCCGUGCGCAUGCGGAGGAGCUCGCAAAGAAUGUGGAAGAGUUGCAAAAACGAGCAGAGGACGAUUUGCGCGCCAAAGAGGAGGAAGUUUCGAGCCACGUCAAGUCGAUCGACGGACUCCAAGAACAGAUCAUGAAGCUCCAGCAGGGCGAGACUGAUGGUGCCAACCUCGCACAGGAGCUGCACAAGCAAAUUGAGGAGCUGAAACAGGCACAUGACGCUGCAAUCAAGGUCAAGACGGACGAGAACGACGAACUUGCGCAGCAGCUGGAUGCAAUGAAUGACCAGCUGAGCGCCGAUGCGACUGAGCUCGAACAGCUGAGAGAGGAGGCCGAGGGCCUUCGCAAGACCAUCACCACGCUCGAGCAGGUGUCUCAACAGGAGAGCUCGCAGCAGGCGUCUGAACUUGCAAAGCUCCGUGCAGAGCUCAACGAAGCGACUAAGCAGGCUGAUUCGCACAAAGCCGAUUUAGAAGCGGCACUUGAGAAGCAACAGCAGACUGUGCGUUCUCUAGGAGAUGAACACGACGCCGAAGUCGAGGCGAUCCGAGCCGAGUUGGAACGCGACGCAAACGACCGCCUGAGUAAGCUCCAAGCCGAGUACGACUCUUUGGUGGAAGAGAAGAACGCUGCCCUCGCACAGUAUGAAAAAUUCUCCGCGGAGCGCACCGAAGAGCUCCAGAUACUGCAGAAGGAGCUGUCGGAAUUGCAGGCAAACUCCGGCUCUGCUUCGCAAGACCUCGCCGAUGCGCUGGCCAAGCACAAGCAGCUUGCAGAAGACAAGGCCGCCUUGGAAGAAGCGCACAUGAAAUCACUACAGGAAAUGGCCGAGUUUCACGCCCAAAUUGACGCUUUAACAAAGGAUGCCGCUGCGGCGAAAGAGCUUCAGGCACAGCUAGACGCUCUAGCCGAGGAUAAGAUCACGGCUGAAGAAGCGCACGCCAAGUCACAGACUAUCAUCACAGACCUGCAAGCCCGUCACGACUCACUCCUCGAGGAGAAGACCUCCGCAGAAGACGCGCAUGCCCGUGCGAUCGACGCCCUCAAGCAAGAAUCUGACAGCGCCUCAAAGAAGCUGUUAGCGGAGAUACAAACCAAGUACGACACCCUCCUAGAAGAGAAGAAUGCGGCGGACGAGGCACACGCCAUGUCCAAAUCCAUCAUUGCCGACCUUCAAGCUCGCCAUGAUGCUUUGUUGCAGGAAAAGACUAGCGCCGAAGACGCACACUCUCGUGCUAUCGAUGCGUUGAAGCAGGACAGCAGCAGUGAAGCCAAAAAGCUGCUGGGUGAGUUGCAGUCCAAACAUGACGCCCUGCUCGACGAGAAGAACGCCUUGGAAGGCUCCCACAAGAACGAGUUGGACAAUCUGCAUGCCCAACGAGAUGCUGUGUCACAGCAAUUCUCUGAGCUUGAGAAAACGCACGCUACUGCGAUAGCCGAUCACUUGGCUGUGCAGGAAGCUCACAACAGGGCGCUUGAGGCUCAAAGAGCCGAAAUCGAGCAAAAGUAUGCAUCUUUACUCGACGUCGUGCAAGCCGACACGGACAGGUUGGAGCAGGAGAAGGCGGCCGCGUUAUCUGAUAAGCAGUCAGCCCUCAGUGAGCUGGCAGCCCUUAAGAAGGAGUUGCACGCUGAGAUCGAUACCCUGCGAAGCGAGUUGGACACGAAGGAGGAGGCCGGCUCCACCACUCUUAGCGAGGUUACCAAGAAGUACGAGGCUCUUCUUGCCCAGAACGCCGCUGCCGAGGCCGAGCAUGAAGCCGCCGUGGCGCUCUUGAAGCAAGAUUUGAAGGAGCAACACGAUCAAGCGGUGGCAGAACUACAGUCCAAGUACAAUGAGUUGCAGCAAAAGUUCGCUCAGAUCGAUCAAGAGCAUGGAGAUGCUCUCCAACUGCUAAAGGAAGAAUUCAAGGCCAGACACUCCAACGACGUGCAAGCAUUGCAAGAACAACUUGAGACUCUUCAAAAGUCAUACAAAGACUUGGCCGAGCAGAAAGCUCAGAUGGAACAGGCUCACGAGGAGGCCAUAUCCGAGCUCAUGCUUGGUAUGGAAAGCAGCCAGUCUGAUGCUGUUCAACAGCUGCAGAAGAAGUACGACGCUCUCGUCGCGAGGUUGGAGGCUGCACAAGCUAGCCAUGUCGCUGAGGUUGAGUCCCUCAAGCAAGGCGAUACGGAGCAACAGACCUUCUAUCAGGACCUGCAGGCACGACACGACAAGGCCGUUGCCGAGGCAGAUGCUCAUGCCCAGGAGGUCAAGCGCUUGCAACAGGCAAUCGAAGCUCUCCAGGACGAGUCCUCUCGAGCCGUGAAAGGAGUGGCAGAGUCUGAAGCGAACCAGCAAGAAGUCCAGACCCUUAAGCAGGAACUAGAGCGCAUCGAGACCGAGCGCGACGAAGCCCUCGCCUCCGCUCAAGACGCCGAAGACCGCAUCGAGACCAUGAAAGGCGAGGUGGUUAGAAAGCACCUCGCCCGCGUGGAGCCCCUCGAAAAAGAAAACGCCGCACUCUUCGACAAAAUUGACCGCCUGGAAGCCAUCAUCGCCGCUGGCGACCGCGUCGCGCGCGCCGCUGCCACGCUCGGCGAGAAGCGCGAUAUCAACACCCUCGCCGAAGAAGACGAGGAAGAGGACGAGCAUGCUGAGUCUGGCGCCCAGGGCCCGAAGCCGAAUGGCGUGCAGACGGAUGUAGUCGCUACUUUGGCCGCCAUGACGGAAACACUUAACCAGCUCAGCGAGCUUAAUAACGAUGCUAUUGCCGAGAGCUCCAGGACGGCGCAGAGACUUACUGAGCAGGACUAG